UUUCCAGACCGGAUUUGCUCUGAGAGGGGCACUGGGCGAUCUGCAGGUCUGGAUGAAGGAGCCCUGGGCUUUAAACUGAGCAGGCAGAAAUGGGCCCCUGCUAGGGGCUCUGUGGCUUACGCGGGGGUCUCGGGAGUGUUGUGCCCCGGGAUGCCUCCGGCCCUGCCCAGCAGGCCUCUGGUCCCGCCAGGCUGCUUCCAGCCCUGGGCAGAAUGAGUUACUUCCUGUCUUACUGCAAAGCUCAUGGCGGCGCGCUGCUCACCGGCUACCAGGCCCUGCGCGCCGAGGGCUUCCUGUGCGACGUGACACUGGAGACCGAGGGCAGCGAAUUCCCGGCGCACAGGUCGCUCCUGGCGUGCUCCAGUGACUACUUCAGGGCCCUGUUCAAGAGCCACACCCAGGAAUCCCGGGCGCGCGUGAUCCACCUGCACGUGCCAUCGGCAGCCGGCCUGCAGCGCCUGCUGGACUUCAUCUACACUGCCUGGCUGUCGCUUUCCAUGGACACUGUAGAGGACACUCUGGAGGCCGCCAGCUACCUGCAGGUCACCGAGGCCCUGGGGCUCUGUGGGCGCUACUUGGAGCGUCAGCUGGCUCCAGAGAACUGCUGCUUCGCCGCCAACGUGGCGGCGCGCUUUGGCCUGGCUCACACGCUGGACGCCGCCGAGCGCUGCAUCGUGAGCCACUUGCGGGAGCUGCUGGCGCGGGGCGCGGGCCCCGCGGGACUGCUGGAGCUCAACCCUACAUCGCUGAGGGCUGUACUGGGUGCCCCCGACGUGGCGCGGGUGCCCGAGGCCCGGCUGCUGGGCCUGGCGUUAGCUUGGUUGCGGCAGGAGCCCACAACUGAGCGCCUGGCACACUGUACAGAGUUGCUGGAGCGUGUCCGCUUUGGCCUGGUUCCCGCCGACGUACUGCGGCGCGUGUACUCGGGCUCUGGCCUCGUGCUGCCCGCCCCGGUCAAGGGCCUCAUCAUCCAGGCCCUCAACUACCACACGACGCCCUCCCGCCAGCCGCUCCUGCAGGGCGAGCAGACCAGCAUCCGGAGCCCCCAGACCCGCAUCUUGUUGGUGGGGGGGCGCAGGGCACGGGAGGUGGUGACUGAGGAGGUCGCGGCCCCGCAGAGGGCAGCUAGGGGCCGGGUCGCCGCCCCAGAGCCCGAGGAGGAAGAGGAAGAGGAAGAGUUGGAGGAAGAGGAGGAGGAGGAGGAGGAGGAGUGGGAGCUCACCCAGAACGUGGUGGCCUUCGAUGUGUACAAUCACCGCUGGCGCAGCCUUACGCAGCUACCCACACCACUGCUGGGGCACAGCGUGUGCACCGCGGGCAACUUCCUGUUUGUCCUGGGUGGGGAGAGCCCUUCCGGCAGUGCAUCCUCUCCCCUGGCCGACGGCUUGCGGGUGGUCACGGCCCAAGUGCACCGUUACGACCCGCGCUUCCACGCUUGGACGGAAGUGCCCGCCAUGCGGGAAGCGCGGGCCCACUUCUGGUGCGGCGCGGUGGGCGAGAGGCUCCUGGCCGUCGGGGGCCUGGGCGCGGGCGGUGAGGCGCUGGCCUCGGUGGAGAUGUACGACCUGCGUCGGGACCGUUGGACGGCGGCUGGGGCACUACCGCGGGCUCUGCACGGUCACGCGGGGGCCGUCGGGGACCGCGGUGUUGUGUACAUCUCGGGGGGCAAGGCAGGGAGAGGCGAGGGCGGAGCGAGCAGCCUCCGGGACUUAUACGUCCUGGGCCCUGAGGAGCAGGCUUGGAGCAAGAAGGCACCCAUGGGCACCGCACGUUUUGGGCACCACAUGGCAGUGCUGCGAGGCGCUGUGUUUGCUUUUCUGGGGCGAUACGAGCCCUUCUCCGAGAUCGAGCGCUACGACCCCGGCGCCGACCAGUGGACUCGGUUGCGGCCGCUACCCUACGACCGCUUCUGCUAUGGGCUGGCCGUGGUCGAGGAGACAGCGUUGCUGCUGGGCGGCCUCAAGUGGCGGGACUCGCGCCAGGUACCUACCCGCAACGUGGUGGGCUACGACCUCGACCUGGACCGUUGGGAGGACAUCGGCUGCGCGUUGCCCUGGGCCUGGAGCGGCCUGCAGUGCGCAGUGCUGCAGCUGGCCGAGGGUGGGGACGACGAGAGGGAGGGAGAGGCUGGAGAGGCGCUAGAUUUGGUGCUGGGCUGAAUGGGUCAGUCCAGUUUCUUUCUGCAAUGGAGGAAAAAGUCGCGCUUGGCUAGUCUUACAGAGCAACGGAUGGGCUUUUUCUAAGAAAGGGAUUCUGGGAGCAGAGUGGCUUCUGAAGGUUAACAGGCAAACAAGGCCUUGAGCAAAGAGAAACACUUCUCCUUGAGCUGAGAAUGGGAGACGGGGGUGGGGGUCAAAUAGAAGGCUAUAUGAAUCAACUUCAGUGAGCUGGUGAAAGAAAAUUUUUAGAAAGGCUCACGCAAGGCUAGAGAAGGACUUUCACAAAUAAAAUAUGACCUUAUUUUCCCUCUUACAGUUAAAGUGUUUCCCUAGGUGCAAAACAGUGAUUACUUAUGUGCCAAAAAAAAAGGCCAAAAAAUGUACCACAGGAAGUUUAUACAAAACUCAGAAAAUUGUUGGCUAUAAAGGCUGUAAUUAAGUCCUAGGAGAUGGCAUUAUCUGAAUAAAUAGUGAAAGGAGAGUACCUUGGUUAAAUACCAUGAAAUCAUUGUAAGGGGAACUAUGAUUUUAUGAUCUGGAGCCAUGGUUACAGUUCUGCUCUGAUGGUUUGAUAUAAAUAUGGAACUGAGAAGGAAAAAAAAAUCUCUAAGCACUCUUUUUUUAAUCUACAAAGUAUCCUUAAAUUUUUCUGUCACCGGUGUCACCCUAGGCUGCUUUUGCCCUGACUUUAGACAGCUCACUGGUUUUAAGUCACAUUUCAUCAACCCUUAGCUAUAAUAAUCAGGAUCCUCUGGUUAAGUGGAAUGUCUAACCAAAACAAAACAAAAACUGAUUUCUUUCAUACUCUUUUAAAUGUUCAUUCUGCAGACAUACUGUAGAUUAUAUUUGUAAAAAAAAUCAAUUUUUGGUGGUUACCCCCACUUCCCCCAAAAGAAUCACAGAGAAAGGAAAGAGGAAUAGGUAAAGUUUUAAAGUUCGUGUCAGGUAAAUGGGAAACCAGCUUGAUUUUUCAGGGUCUUAGAUAAGAUACUUGUAUAUACUGAACAGGUGCUGCUUUUGGCUUGUAUCACCAAUGAGGCAGCAAAGUUAGAACUCGAAACUAGGGUGGGGGGUGGUGGCUGUAUAAUUAAGUCACAAAGAAAUGUGGUAAGGACUUUUCAUGAAUAAAGUAGGUGCUUUAUAAGGAUUCAUUAAGAGCUGAAUUUAUUUGACUUCAGUUUACAGUGCUGCCUCUCUCCUAGAUUUGAAACGAAUGCAAUAAAAUGUACAGAUAUUAUAUAGUGUUAAAAGGUCUCUUUCAUGCUAGGCUAGCCACGAGUCUUGUCAAAUUCAUUAGUUUAAUUUUUACCAUUUAAAACAACAGAGCUGACUUUACAAAAGUAAAAGCUGCUUAGUAGCAACAGAGCUAGUCUUCCCAUCAACUGCUUGCUGUUUACAGGCCACAACCUGGCCACUGUAAACAUGACACAUCCAUCAGGUACAUAUAUUUUUAAGUGAACAUACACAUUUGGUCUAGUAAACAUCAAUAAGUCUAAACACCUGUAACAAGCACACUUCAUUUUAGGACAAGAGGUUUUUUUUUUUUUUUUUUUUUUUUUUUUUUU